AUGGGAGGCUCGCUGUCACGUCUGUGGUCUUUCUUCUGGACCAAGAAGGAGAUUCGAAUCCUUAUAUUAGGUCUCGACAAUGCCGGAAAAACCACACUUCUCUACAGACUGAAGAUCGGCGAAGUAGUGACAACAAUACCUACCAUCGGAUUCAACGUCGAGUCGGUCACAUACAGAAACCUGAAUUUCAAUGUCUGGGAUCUGGGAGGUCAAACGUCCAUUCGACCCUACUGGCGUUGCUACUACGCCAACACUGCCGCUGUUAUAUUCGUCAUUGAUUCUACCGAUAUUGAGCGACUUGGCACAGCUGCGGAUGAACUUGCGGCUAUGCUGAACGAAGAGGAGCUGCGUGAUGCGGCUUUGCUGGUGUUCGCAAACAAGCAGGAUCAACCCGGCGCCAAGGGUGCCGGAGAGAUCUCGGAAGCUCUGAAGCUCGGGGAGCUGCGAGAUAGGAACUGGAGCAUCGUAGCAUGCUCCGCCAUUGAUGGUAAAGGUCUAGAUGAGGGUAUGGACUGGUUGGUUGUAAGUUGCCCUUCGUGGCUGUCCGCUCGCUUCUUGUCUAUACUUGAUUUACAUGGUACUAACUUGUAA